AUGUCACAGAUUCUUCAGUGUACGCUCGAUUGCGUACAAGUUCUGCGAGAACUAAAGGCGUAUCUGUCGUCACCACCUCUACUCUUGAAGACCGAACUCGGGGAACACGUCCUCGUCUACCUCGCCGUCCCCAAAGCAGCAGCAAGAGCAGUCCUAGUUCGAGAAAGUAAAGGUUGGCACACUUCCAAACAACAAAAAGGAAGCCAAAAAACUGAGAAUGCAGGCAGCUACCACCUUCAUAACGACUUAUACAAGAGAACAUACGGCGGCCCUCUAGUGAAGUGUUUGGGUCCAAACCAAACCCAGCGCGUUCUCGAAGAAGUCCAUGAAGGCCAUUGCGGCACUCAUUCCGGCGAUCGAGUGCUCGUUAGGUGUCUCAUACGAGCAGGAGAUUACUGGCCCACCAUGAAAAAAGAUGCUUCAGAAUUUGUGAAGAAAUGCAAACAAUGUCAGAAAUACGCCCUAAUAAUUCACCAAGCAGGCGAACAUCUUCACUCAGUCACCUCUCCAUGGCCGUUCAUCAAGUGGGGAAUGGAAAUCGUGGGCCCCCUCCCAGCAGGGCGAGCCUACCCAAAGAGAUCAGCUGCGGCAACGAACCCAGUUCACGGGAAAGAAAACCGUUGA